CUUUCUCCCGCCCCCACGAGCCGCGUCCAAUCAUACGUCUGCUCGGCCCUGAGAGCUCUUCUGAUUGGCCGCAGCUCGGGAGAGGCAGGAGCUCAGCUCGGCACGUGAUUGGCGGGAUGUCGCGUCACUCAGAUGGCCUCGCGGCUGGAGUAUAAAGCGAAAGGAUCGGGUUCUGGAGCGAGAAGAAGUAGCUAGCCUUAGCUUAGAGCUAACAUGUAAUAUAACACACACAUUAACACACCAAACACACACACUCACACACUCACUCACACGCACGGUGCACUGCAGGAGCGCGCUCUCACGCACUUUUUAUUAAGCUGUGUGUGUGCAACAGAACUUCCUGCAUGUUGGCAGGACGGGGCUAGCUGCAGAAGCUAACUGUUUACCAGGUUAGCUUUAAUUAUUCAUGAGGGCGCUCCGUGAUUGGUGGAGGCAGCGGAAGGGGCGGGGCUAGAGAAGAAGCGGUGAACUGUUCCUCCAGACAGAGGAAGAUGAUCAGGAUGUCAUUGGACACAGAGACUGUCCUCCCUCAUGAGGUCAGUCCCGCCGCUGUCAGCCUAUCAGAGCAGUCGCAGCUGGCCAAGUCCCGCCCCCUACAUGCCAAGAACGGCCUCCAGUUGCCCGGCAACAGCCAUCCUGCCCCCGCCGGAGCUCAGCGAAUCGCAAAGCGACGUUACUCGAUGGGCGUCGGCUUCAAGGGGCUGGCCAAGCGUCGCCGGCGGGCCAACAGCGACAGCCAAUCAGAAUCCGUGCUGCCGAGCAACUUCCUGCUGGGCGGGAACAUCUUCGACCCGCUGAACCUCAACUCACUAUUGGACGAGGACGUCAACAGGGCGACCAAUCAGGAGACACCAAAGUGCUCGCCCCUGCCGCUGCGUGGCGGAGACCCUGUAGAGAUCCUGGUUCCCCGUGACAUCACAGACCCCCUGAACCUGAAGGGGGGGGGCUUGGGGGGAGGUGAGGGAGGGGGGGUGCUGCUCUCCCCCCUGAAGAAGAGGAGGCACAGGACCAGGCACCAUGGGGGGGGAGGGGGGGGAGAGAGGGCAGGGGGGGGGGGCGUACCUGCCCGGCUGUUCAGCUCCUCGGCCACUCUCACAGUUCCCCUGCUGACCAGAGAGGGCGGAGUCUCUGCGUCUCCACUGCCCUGUGAGCUGAACACUGCCAUCACCUGUCGGGACGACGUGGCCCCGCCCCCUAUCCUCCCCCGCAGACACACCCACCCCCUGCCCGGUAACCUGGGCGAUGGUCAUCAGCGGAGACGGCGCCGCACCACCUCCAUCAGGUCGUCCGACUGUGCCGCCAUGGCAACCACCGCAACCAGGGCUCAGCCAACCAGAUUUGAGACUCCGCUGGUGGGAGGGGCUAAAGCCGGCAGGUGUGGAGGCGCUCAGUCCGGCUCCGCUCAUCCACCACAGAAGAAGAAGAAAGACAAACACCGCUACCAGCACGGCAACCACAGCCGUUACUACGGUUACCAGGGUUUCUAUGGAGACGGGUGUGAGGGGCACGUAGGACCGCAGGACGACCCGAGACUCCGCCUCCUGCGAUCUGAUUGGUUCAGAGACAGGACGGUGCUGGACAUUGGAUGCGGCACCGGUCACAUGACGCUCGCCGUCGCCCGCAGGUUUAACCCCGCCCACAUCCUAGGGGUGGAGCUUAACGAGAGGCUGGUCCAUGCAGCCAAUCAGAACAUCAGACACUUCAUGUCACAUGACCUGGUGCUGGAGGAGAGGAGGAGGAGGAGGGAGGAAGAGGAGAAGAUGGAGGAUAUUGAGGAGGUGGUGGAGAAAGAGGAGGUGAUGGAGGCCUCCCUCCUCUCCCUCCCCCUGUCCCUCCCCCUCUCUCUCCCCCUCUCCUUCAGGGUGAGUCGGGGUCCUCUCUCAGCUCCUCCCCUGCUCCUCCCCCCCUCCUCCUCCUCCAGGUUCCCUCACAACGUCACCUUCAUCCAGGGCGACUACGUGUCACUGCAGGAGGUGUGGCCUGGGCGGGGCCAGUAUGAUGUCAUCAUGUGUCUGAACGUGACCAAGUGGGUGCAGCUUCACUCAGGUGACGGGGGCGUGGCCACGUUGUUCAGACGAGCCUAUCAGAGCCUGGCGCCGGGCGGGUUGCUCAUCCUGCAGCCGCAGCCGUGGAGCAGCUACUGCCGCAGCAAGAGAGCCUCGGAGAGGACGUGUGACGCAUUCAGGACUCUGAGGUUCAGACCUGAGCAGUUCACCUGGUACCUGACAGAGAGAGAGGGGUUCAGCUCCUACAGGACGCUCACACACACAGGUGACGAGCGGCCGAUCUACCUGUUCAACAAAGGCCCCGCCCACAGGAAGUGACAGCCUCUCUCCGAUUGGUCUUUUUGUAUUUGACUUUGAGCUCGCAGCUGAUUGGCUGAGCAGCCGAUGGCUUCGCAUCACAGAGGAGAAAGAACUCUGAUUGGACCGCAGUGUUUCUGUGACUGUGAUUGGCUGCCAGAGCAACAGAUUGUGACUUCUGAUUGGACGCUGACAGGAAGUGACACGUGUGCAGGUCGACCUGAAAACCUUUUAUUGUUUGUAAAAAUAAAGAGAAUUUAUGUGUGUGUG